AUGCAAUUUAUAAAUGAAGAGAAAAAGUCCGGAUGGUUGACAAAACUCGGGGGGAAUGCUCUAAGGAAAACUUGGAAACGUCGCUGGUUUGAAUUAAGAGGAAGUUACUUGUAUUAUUAUCGACAACAGACCGAUAAGGAACCUUCAGGAAUGAUAAACCUUUCAUCAUUUAACUCAAUAUGUCAAGAUUCAUCUGCUACAAAAAAGUCACAAUAUUGCAUACGUAUCGAAAAGGUUUUCCGUGAAUGUGAUUCAAUUCAUUCGAAUUUAAGUUACCGUGAAACAUCUUCGAAGAAAGCUACUUUAUUUCUUGCAUUCGCUGAUAAUGAAGACGAAAUGCAAGAUUGGAUCACGGUUCUUGAAAAACGUUUAGGUGGACGAAAUAUUGUUGAUAUUGUUUUAGAUAGAUUAGAACUUAACGGUAUGCAUAGAAGACAAUGCAGCUAUGGUUCGCUGAGUUCCUUCUAUUCUAAAAAUAGCAACUUCUCUUCAGGUGCGUCGACAUCAGGAUCGGCUUUAUCAUCUGGUCGUCCAUCUUUGGAUUCUUUUAGUUUAGACACUCCUUCUUUGGAUUCCAGAAAGAGUUCAAUUGAUUCAUUUCAUAGUGGGCAAAUCAAUGCUGUUAAUAUUGCAACUUCUACUCCACCUUCUCGUCCAGAAACUCCUUCAAGUUUAGUUGAAAGACUUGGAAUUGGACAACCGAUUCUUCGUAAACCUGCCUCUCAUUCAUGUUUGCAGGAAAGACGUUAUCAUAGUGGCACCGAUAAUGGUCAUCAAAACAGUAAUCAUGUUCGUAAACUUUCCCUUACCUUCAAAGAGUUUCCAAAUCGGGCUCCACUUAUUAUGGUACAUGGAGAAAAUUCGAAAUUUGCAUCCUCACCUGAUGUCGUUUACUUUCCUGGCAACACCAAUGGAUUAAGAAAUUGCAACAAAAAAAAGACAGGAGAUGAAUUAGAUGGAGAUCAAACCCCAUCUUCACCUGUAACUCCAACUGCAAAUGUGUUCCCGAGUCAUUUGACGGAUCAAAAAUGA